AUGAGCGUCGUAGCGGCGCGGGACGACGUAGGGCGGCGCGGGGAGUGCGCAGGCGCGCAGGGCGGGCGCGCGAGGCGGGCGUCAGUCGCACCCCGGCCGCGGCACGCAUCGACAGCUUCGCCGCACUCGCGAGGCAGCCGGCAGGCAGCCGCGCUCGCCCCGUGCCGCGCCCGCCGAGCCGCUAGCGGGCGUGGCCGGCGAGCCGCCCUUCGCGGCCGCGGAUGCUGUGGCGGAUCGUUUCGGUCACGGGAGGCCGCUGUCGUCCUAGAGCCGUCGAUGUGCAGCCUGGCAGCGUUGGCGCGUGGCUGCCGGCCCGCCGCCGCUAAGCCGUGCUGUCUCUGUUGGUGCUGCUGUUGCUCCUGCUCGUGGGCGAAGCGGUCGGCGGCGCGCGGGUCGGACGGCGGGCCGGGUAAGAAGCCGCGGGAGCCCGGGCCUUCGCCCACCGAGCCCCUGCUCGACGGCGACGCUCCGCCCUCGAUCGACGAGAUCCGCGCCUGGGGCCAGUCGUUCGAGCGGCUGAUGCGCAGCGCGGCGGGCCGCAAGGUGUUCCGCGACUUCCUGCGUGGCGAGUACUCUGAGGAGAAUAUCAUGUUCUGGCUCGCGUGCGAGGAGCUGAAGCGCGAGACGGACCCCGACGCCGUCGAGGAGAAGGCGCGCUUCAUCUACGAGGACUACAUCUCGAUCCUGUCGCCCAAGGAGGUGUCGCUGGAUUCGCGCGUCCGCGAGGCCGUCAACCGCAGCAUGGUCGAGCCUACGCCGCACACCUUCGACGAGGCGCAGCUGCAGAUCUAUACGCUCAUGCACCGGGACUCAUACCCGCGCUUCGUCAACUCGCCGCUCUACAAGACGCUGGCUCGCCUCGCGGGGCCCUCGCCCGCGGCUGCGUCCGCUGCGCCCGAGCCGGACGCCAAGUGA